CUCUUCACGUACCCACCGGCUCCGGCUACUGGGGGCAUCACAGUUACCAACGAGGAUUUGUUUUGUCUUAAUGAGGGGGAAUUCCUCAAUGACGUCAUUAUUGACUUUUAUCUCAAGUACCUAGCGACGGAAAUGUAUCCUGAAAAAUUUCAAAACGCCCACAUCUUUUCAUCAUUUUUUUAUCGACCUUAUUGUGUUCAAACGUCUCAACGUUCAAACUUCUCAUCCAUCGCACAUCUUAACGCUAGCAUCCAACAGAGACGACACGCACACGUCAGGACAUGGACCCGACAUGUUGACUUGUUCUCCAAAGAUUUUGUUGUCGUUCCCGUCAAUGAGAGUGCCCACUGGUUUCUGGCCAUCAUUUGCUUCCCUGGC